AUGAAUGUAUACUUUCACCUUUGCGGUGUGGCUGGUCUCUCGGAGGAAAGCCGCAUUGAGUUCACGGGUGAGAUGGACGGGCUGGCGACCUUGAUUCUUCAUGAUGUGGAGUACAAAAUAGUCUCUAGGGGGUUCUGGCAAUAUCAUCAUUAUUGGUGCAAAAUUGUCAAAUAUCUUGAUGGAGUCAGAGGUGUUUGGUUCUUUGACGAUCACAAAGACAACGGCCCCGCUCAACUUCUUGGACAAGAUCUUUCUUUGAUAUCUGGGAUGCAAGCAUCAACAAGUUGGCUGAUCUACUCUUGCAAACCUUCCGCGGUCAAACAGAAGGUCAUAGAUUCUGGCAUUUCGAAGAUCCCGGCCAAAAAUCCGGAUGCCCAGGGUGAUUUGCCUUUUAUUUCCGCGCAAGACUUGGAAGGGGAAGAGGACCAGCUCGAUGAAGCCUUCCCUGAUAUCAAAGGCAUCUUGGAGACAGUUCAAGAGGAGUCUCCAAGGACUCACACCUCGGUUCCAGUUCAUAAGGCCAAGGAUGCCUUUUCUUCCGCUAUUCCUCCGGAGGACAAACCACCAAAGGCAGAAAGUCUCACUACGGUGCCUACUCUUGGGCCUCAUCCACCGUCUCAAGGUGAGAAGGCCAAGGAGGCUUUCAACCGAGUCUCUUUCUCAUCUUCAGCUCCAGUGAAGAAGACGCGCGUCGAUGUGGAAGAUAGUGUUCAAGUUCCAGCGACGUUACCCAAUAAACCUAAACCUCAAUCCGCUGAAGCUUUGAAGGGUCCUCUCAGUGUCUGCCUGCGUAUCAACAAGCGUCAAGCAGAGUCUAGUCCAGUAAAGUCACCGUCUGCACCUCCUUGUAAAGAGGUGAAGUCAGCUCAAAAAGCUUCGAGGCCCAAGAAGAACGCCAAAGCCAAAGCAAUGGAAGUCAAAGAGAAUUUACCUGUGCCUGUAGAAGAUGUUGACAAGAAGGUCAAGGUGAAAGCCACGGCUAGGGCAAAAGGCAGGAAGAAAUGA